AUGGGUACAAAGCGCUCUUGGGAAGGUCAAGCAGUGGUAAAGAUGGCUUCGUCAGAGUCAGCUAACCCCACACUCUCGAUCUUCGAGAAUUUCCGCGACGAGCUCGACGAGCAUCACGAUCGCCGCGAGCGAGUCAUCAAAACCAGUCGCGAUAUCACCGCACUCAGCAAGAAAAUCAUUUUCGCUUUGCAACGAGUACGAGCCACCAAGCAACCCAUCCCGCAAAAUAUCACCCAAGAAAACGACACCCGUCUCGAACAAAUCCACAAACAUUUCGCCUCCAUCGCAGCCGAUCUAGUGGGUAUCAAAUCGUGGCGUUACCAAAGACAGAUCAGCGGCGGUGUCCAAGAAUUUAUCGAGGCCAUCUCUUUCGAUCACUACCUUCGCACCGAGACAUUGAUCACACAUGCCGAGGUCUCAGAAAAAUUGCCUGGGAUCUUGGUCACUGAAGAGGACUAUCUGAUGGGCAUCUUUGAUCUUACGGGCGAAAUGAUGCGGUUCGCAGUAACAGCCCUGAGCUCGGGCAAGGUAACUCCGACUGAUGCUGCCAAGGCCGGUGUCCUCGUUGAUCUGCGAGCAAUUCGAGCGCGGUGUGAGGCAUUGAGUGUUUCAGGGCGACACCGUGCAUCCAUGUAUAAGGAUCUCUCGAAAAAGAAGGAGGUCAUGCAAGGUAGCGUGGAGAAGGUUGAGCGAGCCGCGUAUGGAAUUUUGGUUCGCGGAAGUGAACGGCCGAGCGGGUGGACGCCAGACUUAUCAGGGCCUGCGAUGGAAGUUGAGACGCAUUAA